AUGGUCAAAAAUAUCAUUACGAACACAAACACAGAUACCAAUCAACACAUUUCCUUUGAAGCUAAUGAGCCAUUUAGUAAAGAAUAUCAAUUAGUGUGUUAUAGUCAUACCUUUGGGCACUUUGUCCUCUUAAGAACUCCAAUUUUCUAUUAUGAGAUUGAGGUAUUGCCGAACGCGUCUUCGCACGUCAUCGAAGAAAUGAUCAUAUCCAUUGGCCUCACCCCUACAAAAGAUUACCCAGAUAACAAACACAUUGGGUGGAUCGGAAACGCUAUUGGCUUCCACUCGGACGACGGACAACUCUUUGAUAACACGGGCUCGGGAGCAAGUUUCGAUCGGCCUUAUAACUCGGGAGACGUCAUUGGAGUCGGAUUUAAUGUAAUGAAGAAGGUCGUCUUCUUCACUAGAAACGGGAAAAUAGUCAAUAACAAAUUCAUCCCGACAUACUGUGACACUAUGUACCCAGCUCUCGGAUUUUCAACAUGCUACUCUGUCUCAGUUAACUUCGGACAACAGCCGUUUGUGUUCGACAUCCUCGAAGAAAUUAAAAAGGCAAUUUAA